AUGCAGCAAUUUAGAGCGACAUCUCACCAAGAGAUGCGAGUGGAGUUCAUAUCGCAUUUCUCGCCGACGCACACGGAAGAAGCAUUUUGUUGUAUGAAAAUAAUGAGGUCUAAGUGCGAACUGUGCGAUGUGAACUUACUCGUUGGUGAACCUCAGCGGCGGAUUGCCGCGCAUCGACUCGUGUUGGCGUCAUGUAGUCCAUAUUUUCAAGCCAUGUUUACGAGUGAGCUAAUCGAAAGCAGGCAAAGAGAUAUAACGUUGCAAGGAGUCGACGCUGAUGCCAUCGAAUUACUCGUGGACUUUGCUUACACCGCGCGCAUUCAAGUAAGCGAAGAUAACGUGCAAGCUUUGCUCCCCGCGUCGAGUUUAUUACAGCUAACAAGCGUAAAAGAUGCUUGCUGUGAAUUUCUUAAGAAUCAACUUCAUCCCUCAAACUGUCUUGGUAUUCGAGCUUUCGCUGACACUCAUACCUGCGUGGACUUAUUGGAAUCUUCGCAUCGUUUCGCCCUUCAGCACUUUUUGCAAGUCUCGCAAACCGAGGAGUUUAUGCUCCUUUCUGUCGAACAAGUCUUGGAUCUCAUCUCUAACAGUGACGUGAACGUAGAAAAUGAGGAGCAAGUGUACAAUGCGGUUAUAAACUGGGUCAAGUUCGACGUGGACAAUCGCAGGGAAUUUGUAAGAGACCUGUUACCAUUUGUGAGGCUUCCCCUGCUGACUAGAGAAUGCUUAAUGACCCGCGUUGAAAGUGAAGAAUUGAUACGAAAUACCCCAGAUUGCAAAGACUUGCUCAUCGAAGCGAUGAAGUACCACCUUUUACCAGAGCAGCGCUCUGUGCUUCAAAGCCCCAGAACUGUCUCCCGCAAGCCUACAGGACAAGUACCAAUCUUGUUUGCCAUUGGAGGGGGCAGUCUGUUUGCCAUUCAUAGUGAGUGUGAGUGCUAUGAUCCCAGGAUUGACAGAUGGUGCAUGGUGACUCCCAUGUCAACCAAGCGUGCCAGGGUGGGUGUUGGGACAGUAUGUGGGAGAAUUUACGCUGUUGGUGGAUAUGAUGGAAGUAAUGACUUGGCAACAGUUGAAGCUUACUGUCCUCAGAGUAAUCAGUGGUUGUCAGUUCCAUCAAUGGGAACUCGUCGUAGCUGUCUGGGUGUUGCUGUCUUAAAUGGUUUGAUUUAUGCCAUUGGUGGCUAUGAUGGAGCAUCCUGUUUGAAUAGUGUUGAGAGAUUUGACCCUUUGACAGCUCAGUGGACAUCAGUUGCAGCCAUGAACACACGAAGGCGGUAUGUGCGUGUGGGUGUAGUGAAUGGCAUCAUCUAUGCCAUAGGAGGCUAUGAUGGCAGUGCACACCUAAACACAGUGGAGUGCUUUGACCCCAUGACCAAUACAUGGAGAAUAGUUGCCAGUAUGGCCAGCAGAAGAAGCAGUGCUGGUGUGGCUGUACUGAAUGACAUGCUGUAUGUUGUUGGUGGUAAUGAUGGAGCAUCUUGUUUGAACACAAUGGAGCGCUAUGAACCUGUUGCCGAUGCAUGGACUUGCCUGGCCCCUAUGAGUAUUCGCCGCAGCACCCAUGAUGUGGCAGUGAUUGACAGCAUAUUGUUUGCAGUGGGAGGUAAUGAUGGCAGCUCCAGUCUUAACAGUAUUGAGAAGUAUGACCCAGAAACAAACAAGUGGACAUCAGUUGUCUCCAUGAGCACAAGGAGAAGCAGUGUUGGAGUGACUGUGGCUCAUGUUUUGCUGCUCUGAAGCUUAUACUCCUUGGACAUUCAAAGUUUAUUGAGUGACUUAAUAAUAAAUCGUUUUAAUUAAUAUAAUUUUUUAAGUUGUUGAAUAAAGUGGUAAAUUUGUACAACCUGUACAUAUGUGAAAAUUAAGUUAUUCUGCAGAGGUGUAAAACUGUUUCAAUGACUUUGACUUACAAUUCUCUUAUGUAACUGUUUGGUCUAAUGUCUUGCAAAGCACUCUCUACCCCACCACGGGCUGCUUCAUGAUAGGGAACCACAGAGAAGAUGUGUAGUGAGACCAAACAAUGACUGCAAUGAAGACCAUUGACUGCCAUGUAUAUUUGAAGAGUUAGAGAAGUACAUUCUGUAUUAUACAUGAAGAACAGUGUCAUCAAGUUACACGUCAGAGAUGUAGCUUGUUAUUUGGCUCUAGUAUAUCGAGACCUGUCUCCAGUUGGUGACUGAAAUUUAUCACAGGGUCAAUCCUUACAGAAGCUCGAGUUUUUUCAGAAUUACUUUUAUAAAAUAAAUUUUAGUGCAAAUCACUUGUGAAGAUCAAUUUGCUGCUUGUUAUUGUAAAUAUUACAAUGCACAUUCAAUCCUUAAUAGCACAUUGAUGUGUCCGUUGUUCUGUAAUCUAGUAAACUUUCAUGUAGCCUUGUUUUGUGUUUUCUGCAAAAUUCAUCAUCUAAUAUCAGAGAAAAUUACAAAUCAACAUUUUGUGUGUUUUGGGGUAUUUAAACAUAAUUAUACUGCAGUUUAAGUAUUGCAGCUACAAUUAAACAAAUAUCUUCUGAACAUGCAUUCUCCUGCAGAUUACUUCUUUGAUAUUGAGUUGCAAUCAGUUUGUUUUGUAAGAUUUUGAAUUUGGACUUUUCAGUAUUUGUUAUUAAAUGCAUGCAAACUUUUCA